AGGAUGGGCGUGCGCCGCGCGACGUGCAUCGCGGCCGCCGGCGCGGCGCUCACGGGGGCCGCGCUGCUCCUCGACUGGGAGUGGGCGAGCGCCCGAGGCCUCGGCGCGCUCGACCCCCGCGCGCCCGGCGCCGCGGCGGCGGCGGCCGGGGCGCUCGAGGCAGCUGGCGGUGCCGCGGGUGCGGCAGAGGGAGGCGGCCUGCCGAUGGGCGAGGAGGUCUUCCUCACGCCGAAGGCGCUCGGCGCGCGCCUGGGCUCGCCGCCUGUAAGCUCGGCGCCCGUGCCGCACCGCACGCUGCCCCCGGACGUGCCGGCAGCGGGGCGGUACGAGCCGGCGCUGUACGCCCGGAAGGUCGAGUGCGCGGAGCAGGCGCACAAUUUCGGGCACGUGGCCACGGUGGAGCAGUGCGACAAGCUGGUGUCAGCCACAGUUGAAUGCGGCUCGCACCUGAUGUUCAGCCUCUCGCACCCGGACUGGGCGUGCCGGUGCUGCGGCCCCUUCGGCCAGGACGACGGGCCACAGUCGGACCAGUGGGACGUGUUCCGCACCCAGGUGCCCAGGCUGCAGACGCUGCCCGCGCUGCCGCAGAGCCCACCAGAGGUCGAUCCGUUCGACGGCCUGCCGGUCGCCGAGGGUGCGCGGCCAGAUUGGCUGGUGAGGGAGGACCAGCUGGUGGUGGACGCGCGCGGUGGCAAGGAGGGCGGGAUUCUCAUUCUGCAGGCCGUGCUGAUGGACGUCAACAGCUUGUGGGGAAAGAAGCAGAAGAAGGGUCACCGCCCAGAUUGGUUGCGCGCCAUCCUGGCGACCAACCGCGCGCAUGCCCGCAAGCACGGCCACGCCAUGGUGCUGCGCGCGGCGCCGACCCAGCCACAGCUCACCAGGUGGAUGGCGGAAGACUGCGGGGAGGAGAUCUCCCGGAGGCAGUGCACAGCGAGGAACGAGCGGGAAAACUUCAAUUGGGAGAAGCACCUGAUGCUGUCGGACUACCUCCACAGCCCGCAGCGCUUCUCCCAUGUGCUGAUGCUGGACGCGGACGCGGCGCUGGUGCAGCCGCAGCUGGACACGUUGAGGUCCAUCGGGGCGCAGCUGGACGCCGCGGGCAGGGACCUGUUCCUCACGGACGAGGACUGGCUGGACGAGAACGGCCGCGGGCGCAUCAACGGGGGUCUGAUGAUGGCCAAGAACACCCCCUUCACAAAGCAGCUAUUCCUGGACACUUUUCACGCUCACGUUGAAGGGCGAUAUCUGCGAGAGCCUUGGGGAAUCGGCGUCCAGGGGUACACGUGCACCAGCAACGAGCAGAUAUGCUUAAACGAUCUGUACUACGGCAACCAGGGCAAGCGUAUCUUCACCGCGCACGCGAUCUUGGCCAGCGGCAAGCAGUACAAUCGCGGUGCCGAGAGAGGUGGCGAGAGGCACAUCACAGAUCCCACGACGGAGAUCAUGCACUGGAUGGGGGGCUCCAAAGGCUCGGCUGGAGCAGCUUUAUGCAACGGAGUGAGGGACCUCACUUUCGAAGGCCUUAGUGGGUACGGCUGCAGACCGUCCUGA